AUGGCCCUUGCAGUUGAUCGCCACCUUGCUAUCCUCGCCGGCAUUUCUCUUUCCUUUGUCGCCGUCAAGGCACUUAGGCGGUUCAUCAAAAAGCGACAGAAUAAUGCUCCUCUUCCUCCUGGCCCAGUGCCCCUCCCACUGUUGGGGAGCGUAUUAUCUAUCAACGCUUAUGAGCCUUGGCCGACUUACACCGAGUGGAGUGCUGUGUAUGGGGACUUGCUCUUCGUGCGAAGUCUAGACGAGGAAAUCACAUCGCAGAAGCCUUACUGGACAAGCGUUCUCGUAUUGACCAUAUCUAGCAACACUCGUGCCGUGGCAAAAUUUCGCCCGAUGCAGAUCAAGUGUGCUCGUGAGAUUAUCGUCAACCUAGUCGAUGACCCUCAAAAUUAUCACGACCAUUUCGCAACAUUCUCGUUAUCUGUUGUGAUGUCAACUGUAUAUGACUACGAUAUCGGUGCUCUUGAUGAUCCUAUGGUACAGACCGUGAUAAAGGCAUUGGUUCCAGGCUUGACCGUGUUGACCCCAGAGAGAGCAUUACUACUCAAAACCUUUCCCUUCUUACUAAAGGUACCUGACUGGUGCUGGGGAUCCUCGAUCAAGCGUAGUGCUCGAGGUUCGAGGGAGCGCCUCAAUGCAAUGGCCGACAUACCAUUUCGAUAUGUGCAGCAGCACAUGGCCGACAGCUCGUUGGUCGCUCAGUCCUCGAUGGUUGCAGAAAAUUUGCGACGGAUGGAGAGGCAAGAGGAGGCAUUCAAACCUAUAUUCGAGAAUGCAUUGAAUAAAGCAGGUACUACUGCUAUUAUAGCUUCAUAUGAGACGACUGCGGCAACUUUGAUGGUUUUUUUCCUGGCCAUGGUAUUAUAUCCUGAAGUUCAGAAACGCGCACAAGCGGAAAUCGACUCGGUGGUUGGAAAAGAACGGUUGAGGACAGAGCAUCGCUACCCUACAUCGAUGCAGUCGUGCGAGAGACUUGGCGAUGGCAGCCUGUCGUGCCUCUUGGCGUACCACAUGCCACUUCGAGUGAUGAUGUAUACAAUGGGUAUUUCAUUCCAAAAGCGGUACCCCGACGCAUCUAAUUUUAUACCAGAGAGGUUCAUCGACAGCGAUGGCGCGUUGACAAGUGAUGACCCCGCACAAUACAUUUUCGGCCUCGGCCGGCGUAUAUGUCCAGGGCGGUAUAACGCUGAUUCCUCCGCGUGGGCUGCCAUUGCGAUCAUGUUAGCCACAUUGGAUAUUUCUUCUGCCAAAGAUAGCCAGGGAAAAGCGAUCAACUUUACUCCCAAGUUUAUCCCAGGAGUGGUUCGGUAA